UCUAUCUUUGCAAGGCAGUCGCUAAAGUCCUUGUAGGAACACCAUUAAAAUCCAAAUAUCGAUUUCGAUGAGAAGCUCUCCCAAGGACAGUUAAUGCCAAACUACCUUGGACAUGUUCGAAGUUCCGACACACAUAUCCCCCAAAUUGCUAUUCGGAACAACAGAAAUCAUCGGAGCUAUACCAGUAACACGAUUAGGAGCAGGGAAAGAUGCUAGUACUUCUUAUUAUGGUACGGAUAAGAAAACCUCCUUAACGCACCUAGCACCGCAAUUCUCUCUAUCUCUUGAAGAAGAUGUGAAUUUCACUACUUAUCAGAAAUGUCGUCCAAAACGACAGCAGGUCCAGCUUUGUUCUGAUGUGCUAUUUUAUCGAAAAUUUCUCACAAAGCAACAACCUUGUGGGAUCUGCGAAAGACCUUUGAGCGUCUUUGAUUACAAUGCCGUCCUUCCAUGUGCUCACAUAGUGCAUGUUUGUUGCUAUGAAGAAAAGCUCCUGAAUCAUCGAAAGUGUACAAAGUGCGAUGGCAUCCAAAUGAACAAGAAGAGACUUGUUGAUGAAUUCAUCAAAUUUAUCUGCUGCUUAUAUGCAUACAAAUAGAGUCACAUUAUCUUUCUUUGUUAGUUCUACUUCAAAACACCAUUGC